AUGGACGAUCCUUGGGGUUCACCAUGGGCUGCCACAGAUUCCGACAAGGGCCGGAGGGCCGCAUCGCCCGCGAAAUCCGACAUUGCGCCCCCACCGCGCGCCUUUCUCUCGGCGUCCAACUCGCCGCGCAUCCCGGACGGGCUGGAACAGCAUUCGCCUUGGGGAGGGGGGAUAGGAGGAGGAGGAGGAACAGGAGGUGACGAUGCCGGCGGGUUUGGAGAAUGGGCGACGCCAGCGGCGGUGGUUGAUACACCGGGACAUUCGGUCUGGGCUGGGGGAUGGGGCGGUUCAAGCCCGAAUUUGCUUGCGACGCCGCGGGAUGACGCGGCGUUGGGGAGGAAUAGUCCAAUUACGUUGCCGGGGAGCGUUGCGAGUUCGAAGCCGACAGGUAGUAGCUCUGGAUUUCGACAGCCGUCGCCAGACCCGUGGGGGAGUGGGUUUUCUUCGCGACGACCUUCGCAUAACGAUGCCGGGUCGACCCCGAGAUUGGUUGUUGAAACCGCGUCUCCUGUUGACGAGCCGAUCGAACUUGUGGAUGGGGGUGUUUUUGGGAUUGAUGGGGAUUCAACAUGGGGUAAGGCUGAUACCGGCGGGGACAGUAUCCCCACGAUGACCGACGUUCCGGACAUUACCACAUCCCCAGUGAGGGUGUCAGUCGAAAACAAAGAGGAAGAAAGGCGUGAUAAACGAAGCACUCCGGUUCCGGCACCGUCCGACGACGCCCGGUUUAGUGUUGAAUCCAUUGCUCACGGCCACGAAGACCAAUUCUCGGCACCGUCGAACGACAACACAGAUUACGAAGAGGACCGACAGGACUCGCCCAUCACAUCCAUUGAUGAAGAACCCAGGGGGCUGCGACCCGUUUCUAGGAAAGAAUCUAACAAGGUUCACGAGCUCGUUGUUAAAUUUGACGGGCUUGCCAGAGCCGCUAGUGAAGAGCGCGAGGUUGUCGCACGUGCCCGCAGCACAAGCCGGUCAAGUGCCCAAAAAAGGGAAGAUUGGACCGAUGCUGGAGAUUUUGGAGAAUUUGAGGACACCCACGAAGAUGGCCAGGGCGGGAACCACGAGCUUUCUGUACGGCUAGAAGAACCGCCAGAAGAGCCUGAACCAAAGCGGGACCCCCGGCCGGAAGAAGCUCCACAACGCGACGCGGAUACAACAUUGUCAACACACUCAGAACCUGACACACCACCGCCCCGCUUGUCACCUAUUGCCAAAUAUGGGCCUAUCCAUUUCGGAGUGGACUUGGCGCUGAUCGGCAAGCUGUUGUCAGAACCGUCAACGUCGAACAAGUUACCCGAGGUCGAGCGCAGCGUUCCCGACCAUGUCAUAAGCGACAGUUUCACCACCAUUUCGGAACGCAAAUCGUGGUACCGAAUUUCACGGCUAGGCUCAUCACGCCGACACAACGCCGGGGACGACGAUAACUACCGACGGGUUGCCUGGCCUUCCUCGACGGUCCACGAUGAUACGAUCAAAAUUGUCCGACGCUGGAUGGAAGAGGACUCCAUUGCCGGACGUGUGGCUCUUGGAGGCGGCAUUUCCAAAACGCAAAAGAACAUGUUUGGCUGGGACUCUUCGGCCGAGCCCGUGGCCUUGGAGACCAUCUUUAGGAAGAAGUUCUCUCACAACAGAGCCUCCUCCGCGCAGCCAUUGAAGACUACCGGCCUGUUCCCGGGACCCACCGAUGGGCCAGCGAAGGCUUCCCCGCUGCGUUCGGCGCAUCGCGCUACGGAAAGCGUCGGCCCCGGCGUCCCUUCGUUUGGCUGGGGUAGUACCAAUGAUCCGCCCCCGCGUGCUACACACCAACGGACUCUCAGCGGGCAAUCCAGCACGUCCAGCACGGCGAUCCCGGCCCCGGCCACAGCGGUCGUUCCCGAGCCACGGCUGAGCGUCUCGAAGAAUGAUGAUAACGACAACGAUGAGGACGACGACGAUGAGUGGGGGGAAAUGGUGUCCUCGCCUGUAGUAUCCCAGCCUCCCGUACUUCCUGCGACGAAACAAGCUCCACCUACGACUCUGAAGACAACUCAAACAGUUAUUCCUCAGCAGCCCAACGAGCCGGUCGUUGAAGAGUCUCAGAACAUGGUCGAUGUCUCGAUCUUCGACUCUAUUCCUGCCAACCCAAUGCCUGCUUCGGAGAUGCCAGCGACACCAGCGUCUAUUUCGAAAGUUGUCGAGACAGCUGACACAGAUUCGACUGCUGGACCCAACCCGGCACCAGGGGUCGGUGAUACUUCAAUAGCGAAGACCGCCGUUGACUCGACAUCAUCCACAUUGACGGGUGAUGCCCUCAGCUCGGCAACUGUUGACGAGCCGCAAGAUGACCAAGAGGAGACGGUACAUCGAAUACUCGCUGGGUUGCCAGACUUCUCGUAUAUGUCUCUUUGA